AUGACUGAUUUGCGCCAAAACUUAUGUCGUAUAUGCCCGGUUCAUUCGAUGAUUAUCAACCCGAAUGAUCCCAUUUACGAUAACAAAUUCACUGAAGAGGAUUUAAAUGAUAUCCAUGAUUUUAAAGCAAUUGAAUUCGAUGAGCCAUUACCAAAAGAGCUCAAUGAGUACUUAUACUCAUUCAAAGGAAAGAUAACUGAAGCAAAACAGCCAGACUUGUUUUGGGCAUGGAAUACGAUCCAAGAAACAGUAAAUUUAUACAACUACAACAUCCUUGCUGACGACUUUACUGAAGACGAUGUCGAAUAUCGCAUUUGGUUUUUUAUUGCCAAAUGCUUUUCAUCUACAAAAAUCCGAGCAAGCUCUGUUAUUAUCCUGGAUAGUCCAAAAGGAUCUGCAUGUCGAUUGACAUACUCGGAAAGAGUAGAAUUUCCCACUGAUCCUGAUGUUGGUUGUUACGUGCACCUGGACGAUUACCACUUUUAA